AGAGAGCUACGUGUAAGACUGGUUGUUAAACAUUAACUGGUCAUCAUUAAAAUAUAUAUAAUCACAUUGAUAGAGCAUGUCAGACAGAGUUAAGGUGACCUCGUCUUGAAUCAACUUCGCAAUGAAUUCUACUUGUUUGUGGGUUUUAUUGCUGUUGUGUGGCUUGACUUCAGCCGAGGUUGGUGAGAAUGUUGUUGAAACACGUUCAUGCUUUCCUGAUAUGUGUGAUCGUCUGAGAGAGUUCGGAUCCAUGGCAGACAAACUCAAAGUUAUGGAAACCAGGCUGCAGGACAGUGAAACCAGGCUGCAGGACAGUGAAACCCGGCUGAAGAUGACUGAAACCAGGCUGAAGAUGAUUGAAACCAGGCUGAAGAUGAUUGAAACCAGGCUGAAGAUGACUGAAACCAGGCUGCAGGACAGUGAAAGCAGGCUGCAGGACAGUGAAAGCGCGCUGAAGAUGACUGAAACCAGGCUGAAGAUGACUGAAACCAGGCUGAAGAUGACUGAAACCAGGCUGCAGGACAGUGAAUCCAGGCUAGAGGUCAGUGAAGCCAGGCUGAAAAUUGGUGAAACCAGGCUGCAGGACAGUGAACACCAGAUUCUUGAUCUGAAGAGCAAAGAGAGAACCAAGGUGAUCUUCAGUGCAGCGAUAGAUGGAAAUGGAGCCGUUGGACCGUACAACACAGACACAACUUUAGUCAACAGAACAGUGAUCACAAACAUCGGCAACGCCUACAAUGUAGCCACAGCUAACACUCUGUUCAAUAGAUUUUUGCUGUUGAAUAUUCAUGACACGGUUUACACACAGUAUCAAUUAAAGCAAUACAACACAACAACAACAACAACAUCACUGUGACAGUUUUGCAAGUACGAGUGUUUGCAGUGUAGUUAUUUGUUUAAACUAAUUCUAUUAGUGCCGCAGAAAUUGAAAAGAAUAAAAUCUGAAAGGUUU